AUGUCCACCGAGGCGCUCCUCACAGGCGGUAGCUAUGGUGGCGGUGGAGGAGUGGCGAGCCGGCGCCUGAGCAUCGACGACGCGCUGGCGCAGCACGCGGGCGAGUUCGGGCGGUGGCAGCUGCGGCACUUCGUGCUGGUCUCGGCUGCGUGGGCGCUGCAGGCGCUGCACACCAUGGUGAUAAUCUUCGCGGACCGCGAGCCAGACAUGGGCUGCUCCAUCGGGGACGGGCGGUGCGGCGACCGGUGCGCCGGCGCCUCUGCCGGGUGGGUGUGGGCGCAGGGGAGCGGUUCGUCGACGGUGGCCGAGUGGGGGCUUGUCUGCGGCGAGCGGUACAAGGUCGGCCUCGCCCAGGCUGUCUUCUUCGCCGGCUGCAUGAUCGGCGCUGGCGUGUUCGGGCACCUGUCGGACUCGUUCCUGGGCCGGAAGGGGGCCCUCCAGGUGGUCUGCUUCCUCAACGCCGUCUUCGGCCUCCUCACUGCGCUCUCGCCAAACUACUGGGCAUACGCAUCUCUGCGCCUCCUCACUGGCUUCAGCACCGGCAGCGUCGGCAUAAGCUCGUUCGUCCUCGCGACGGAACCAAUAGGGCCCUCCCGCCGCGGCGCCGCCGGCAUGUCCACCUACUACUUUUACUCCGCCGGCAUGGCGGCCGUCGCUGGCGUCGCAGCGUUUUUCCAGUCUUCCUGGCGCCUCCUCUACGUCGCCACCUCCCUCCCGUCCCUGGUCUUCGCGCUUGCCGUCCUGCCGUCCUUGUCUGAGUCGCCGCGCUGGUACCUCGUGCGCCGGCGACCUGACGACGCCAUGCGCAUCCUCCGUGCCAUUGCGGCCGCUAACGGCAGGCGUAUACCGGAUGACGUCGGGCUCAAGAUUGACGACGAGGACGACGACACAGAAGACAAUGCCGGAAGGAAGGUCGAGGUGUCGGCAUCUUCAGGCACGGUCCUAGACGCGUUCAUGUCACGGACGACGCGGGCCAGGCUCGUGCUCUUGGUGUUCAUCUACUUGCUUUGCGCGGUAGUGUACUUCGGGUUGAGCCUAAACGUGGUCAACUUGAAGACCAACAUUUACAUCAGCGUGGUAGUGAACUCGCUCGCCGAGAUGCCCGCGUACCUGCUAACCGCGCUGCUCCUCCGCCGCUAUGGCCGGAAGCCGCUUGCCAUCGGCACGAUGCUUCUCAGUGGCGUCUCCUGCACCGUCGCCAGUCUCAUUGCCGGCGAAGGUGCAAUGAGUGUGUUGAGGAUGGCAUGCGGGGUGGUCGGGAUCUUCGGAAUGGCGGGGACAUACAAUCUGCUGAUUGUGUACGCAUCUGAGCUGUUCCCGACGGAGGUACGGAAUGCGGUGCUGGGGUGCACGUCGCAGGCGUCGCAGAUUGGGGCCAUAUUGGCACCCAUGGUGGUGGUGCUCGGGGAGCGGGUGCCUUUCGGGGUGUUCGGCGUGUCGGGGAUCAUUGGUGGACUGCUGGUGUUCUACCUCCCGGAGACAAUGAACAAGCCAUUGUACGACACCAUGGCCGGACUUGAGAAAGGGGAGCGAGCGGCAUCUGGGACCGAAGAUGAAGGUGCAUCGUAG